GCACUGGCGCUGGCUAUUGACAAAGAGUGGCUAUGGCGCUGCAUGGGUACAGGCCCGGGUACUGGUAUCACCAGGCCCGUUGGAGGCCCGUGUCUGGGGAAUGGCCCUGGAUUACCGUCAUACUCAAUUACGACGAUGGAGAUGAAGUGCUAUUGAAGAUCAACGUGGAGGGAGCAAGAGAGGGAGAGAUGCGGACUAACCCGAAGCUGCAGGACGCGAUUUCGGAGGCGAGAGACCGAGCGAAGAGACACUGUAGACGGGACGGAGUGACGGCAAGGCUACGGAUAACGGUGGCUUACCACGAGACUGAGACCUCGAUGGACACAGCGGACCUGGAACAGGUCCACCAGGACAGAGACUCGGGAGGGGAAAGUGAGAUCAGUGACGCAGACCGGGAGACGGAUUUCAAGUCAUGGAACAGACCAGGCGAGAUCCAGAGGCAUCACCGCGCCGUGAAGUCGGUGGAGGAGGGACCCGAGGCCAGCUCGAGGCAACUGACGCCCAGAGACCGCGGGGCGGGAGAGAAGGAUAACAAGGGAAAAGACACGUGUAAGGGGGACACACGAGAGAGAGAGAGGUCAACGAGGGGAGAGACUGACAAUCGUGGGGCGGUUACGAGAGCGUGCGAGACGUGGCCUGCUGAGGUGGAAGUCAAGGUAACUUUCCUUGCUGUAGAGAUCAAGGCGGUGGAGACCCACCGUGAGGAGCUGGCGGAGGAGUUGGAGGAGGUGAGGCAGCCAUUCUGGAUCACUGGUGCCACCCUCCUCUCUGACGGGAGGAAAUCACGAGACGGGAGACCGAUCGUGAAUUUCCUUGCCGCCGGCUCGCGAGGGGUCGUCGUGUACACGACGAUCAAUCGCAAGGGGGAGACGGACGAUAUAGUGCACGUCCUUCGGAGAUGGGUGACCAUCUUCCACGAGUUUAGUUUCGGCGGUCCGCAGCGGGUCAAUGCGAUAUGCACAGACUCCGCAUCGGCAUACGUGGGGGCUGCGAGGGCAUUGGCCUCGCCGGGCAUCCCUCCUGCACUCAGGAGGAUCACUUGGCUUCCGUGUUCCGUCCAUGUCUGCAACAAAUUGUUGUCAGACAUGGGGACGAGUUGCGACGCGUUUGUGGAUGCGAUUACACUCGCUCGUGUUCUGGUGGUGUUUUUCAAAACCCACCAAGCCGCCCUUCAUUUCUUUAGGAAGCGCAACCCCAACAAGGGGCUUGUGCUUUCUUGCGAGACGCGGUUCGCGUCUGUUUAUUCUAUGUUGGAGAGACUGUUGGCCCUGCAGGACGCUCUGCAGGCGAUGAUGCGAGGGGAUGACGGGCGGGAGUUUGCUUCUAUACCGUGGUCUGCCGAUGUGUGCGACAUGGCGCGUUGGGUGCGCCGGCAGGUCAGAUGGGAGCCUUGGUGGCACACGAUGGCCACCAUACUCCACAUCAUGCAGCCCGUCAUGGAGCUGCUUAGGUGGAUGGAUCGUGGGGGGCAGUACAUGUCCCUCAUAAUCGAGUGGACACAGGAUCUUGUUAGCCAUCGACGAGACGCACGAGGAUCCCGAGGAGGAGACCAGGGCGCAUACUGCACGACGGCGGCGGACAAGGCGGAGAGGGAGAUGAUGGGGGGAGAGGAGGAGUUGUGGGGACCGUUCGGGGAGGUCGCUUCCACGGGCGGCACAGGAGCGCGGGCGACGAGCCCCGCUCCGACGAGGCGGGAGUCGUCCGUGUUGCCACCUUCUGCUCCGAGUCCUACACCGCCAUCGCCCGUCGCACCAUAUGAGCCGACCACAGCAGCAGAGGACACGGAGGAGUUGGCGUCCUCUUUGCCUCAGCGCGGACUACUCCACAGAGGUGGGGCAGUCCGACAGCUGAGGUUACGAUCACCUUCUCCGAGGGUCUUGCAGGAGGAGGGGGGACCGUCGGCAGCAGCAGUGGAGGGGGAGAUGGCAAUGGAGGGGGGAUUGGCGGACACGACGAUUGCAGGUGUGGUGGACCAGAUAGCUGUAGCAGCAGCGGCUUCAUUGCUAGAGGAGCUGGCAACUUCAGUGUUAGCAGAGGAGGCACCAGCGCCAGGGGGAGCAGAUGCAGUGGAGGGGCAGGCGGGAGCAGCUGGAGGAGAAGUGGGAGGAGCAACUGGAGGAGCAGCUCCACUGGAUGGGCUUGUGGCUGCAGCAGCAGGAGCAGUGGAGGAGGAGAUAGGGGCACAGGCGGAGGUGUCGCGUGGGGGCGGCGAUGAGCGCCUCAUGCAGCAGUUCCUCACGGAGCAGUACGAUCCGGUCAUGGCGGGUAUGACUCCAGGGGUUUCAUGUGGCGUCGUGGAGACGGCGCCACGUACACGAGACAUGCCACCCCCUCCUCCUAGACCACCUGUAGGUGAUCCGUCAUCGUCGCCCACAGGUAGAGGCUCUCGAUCUCCACACACGCCUGGGAGGUCUAGGAUUCGGGACAGUACAACCGAUGUGGGGGACACUCCACGCAAGCGCAGAGUGUCUCCUCGUCCACGCCCCGUUCCCGCACAGGGAGGAGAUGCACUUGGAGAGACUUCGGGGGCAAAGGGGUUGGGGAUGCCUCGUGGAUCGCGUCGUGAGCAGACGGUUGCAGAGGCUAGUGCGAGGGUUGUUGUAUUGAGGAAGGCAGGAGCCCCUGUCACCAUCGAGGAGGAGGAUUCUGAGACAGAUGUGGCAGUGCGGGAGGAGGACGAGGACUAUGAGGGCUAGGAGGAGGGAGAGGAGGAGAGCGAGAAAAGUUCCGAUGGUGACUACGACGGCGACGAGCACGAGCCCCCACCUCCCCCACCGACGCGUGCAGCCAGACGGCG